GGGACCCCGGAGGGGGAGGGGGCGGCCAUGGCCUCCAACGGCUCCGCUGGAAUUCGGGAUUCCCCCCUGGAACCGGGAAUUUUCCUGGAUGAGGAUCUGGGAUCCGACUGGUACAUCUACGAAUCCACGGAAUCCACACCCCAGGAUGACCUUUUUCCCGAAGCGAUCCCGGAAUGCCACCCCACAAUUUCCCCCCGGAUGUACCACACCAUCAUGGCUCCCAUUUCCCUGGCCGUGAUCCUGGCCUUGUCCUUCCUGGUCAAGCGCCGCCGGCUUUACCGGAACUGCUGGAACGGUGUCCCAGGAUUGCUCAGCCCCGGGAAUUUCCUGGAAGAGGACGGGCACCGGGGCCUGGCCGCCGCCGUGUUCGGGAUCCUGUUCUCGUCGCUGUGCCAGCUGGUGCUGGACAAGGACCCGCUGCCACUCGCGGCCCCGUCGUCCCCCAGCGCCCGCGAGUUCUGGAAGAUCCUGGCCCUGUUCUACUACCCGGUGUUCUACUCGCCCCUGCUGGCCUGCACUGGCCCCCGGCACCGCCUGGGCUACGGGGCCGGCGUGCUGCUGGCCUGGGCUCACUGCGCCGCACACCUGGGCCAUCGCCUACAGUGUCCCCUGGCCCCCAAGAUCCACAGGCUGUACUCCCUGCUGUCCCAUGUCCCCAUCCUGCUGUCCCUGUCCCUGCUGAGUGCCUGGUACCCGGCGCUGCUCGUGCGCAGCCUGCGCCGCGGGGACAGCUCGGAGACGGAGAUUCCCGGGAAAAGCUAUUACAGAAAGUACCUCAAGGCUGUGCUGUCCAAGCGGGGCCGGAAGGAGAGCUCAGCCAAGAUUGAGGAGAGCCUCUGGUCCCGGAUCCGCUCCUACCUGCUCUCCUACAUCUACGUUCCCGAGGAAGGAUUCCGGAUCCCGCUGAAGCUGGUGGUGUCCCUCACCGUGGCCGUCAUCGCCGUCUACCAGGUGGCCCUGCUGCUCCUGGUGGCCGUUGUGCCCACGAUCCAGAUUGUCCGGGCGGGAAUGACCAAGGACGUGGUGGUGCUGCUGGUCCAGUUCGGGUUGGUGCCCUCGGACAAUCCGGCCGUGCCGGGGGACAUGGAGAAGGAGCUCGGCACCGUCCGCCACUACCUGUGGUCACUGGAAGUCUGCUACAUCUGCUCGCUGGCGCUGUGCUGCCUGCUCACCUGCGCCAUGCUGCUCAGGAGCCUCGGCAUGCACAGGUCCAACCUGCGGGCGCUGUACCAGGGCGCGGUGCUGGACGUGUUUUCCAAGGCUCACAUCCUGCGGCCUUCCCGGGAAGCCGUCGUCUGCUGGAUCGCCUUCUCCAGCUUCCAGGCGGCCUUCGCCUGCCUGGGUCUCCUGAUCCAGCAGGUGAUUUUCUUCCUCUGCUCCGUGGCCUUCACCUUCCUGGUGGUGAUCCCGCUGCAGGCCGGCACCAGCUCCCCGCUCUUCGGGAUCAUCCGGAACAUGUGGCCCUUCUGGCUGACCCUGGUGGUGGCCGUGCUCGUGCAGCAUCUCCUGGCUCGUUCCCAGUUCCUGGAGCAGCAUUCCCUGCAGAAGGAGCUCACCAACAGGCGCGCCCUGUACAUCGUCACCUUCCUGCUCUUCCCCACCAACGUCCUGGUGGGCGUCCUGGCCGGAGUGUGGCGCCUGGUCAUCUCCGGCCUCUACAACGCCGUCCACCUGUGCCGGCUGGACAUCAGCCUGCUGCAGCGCGGCGUGGAGGCCUUCGACCCAGGGUACCACACCUACUGCCACUACCUGAAGGUGGAGGUCAGCCAGUGCCACCCGCUGCUGAAAGCCUUCUGCUUCCUGCUGCUCCAGCCCGGCCGGGCAGAGCCACCGGCAGCGCCCCGGGACACACACCUGGAGGAAGGCCUCCAGCUGAUGCAUCCCAAGCCUCCGGCUCCGGGAAGAGCGCGGAUCCGGCGGAUCCGGGCGCGCUGGUGGGUGGCCUACACCCUCCUGCACAACCCCUCGCUGACUGCUUCCCGAAAAACCGCGCUGGCCGAUCCCGCUGCCAACGGCCCCCAGCUCAGCGUCCCCAGGCCCUGA